CAGGUGAGGAAUAAUCUGACUAAAGUCCUUGAUGGCAAAGACAUCGAGAUUUCAGAUACCGAGAGUUUUUCCGAUGAUCCCUGCACGAGUGUAAAGAAGCUUAAGGGCAAUGAUGUUCGGAUAAUCCUUGGCCAGUUUAAUGAGGAAAUGGCUGUGAAAGUUUUCUGCUGUGCUUAUGAUGAAGAAAUGUAUGGCAGCAAAUAUCAGUGGAUUAUUCCAGGGUGGUAUGAAAAUCUUUGGUGGGAAGCCUGGAUUAAUUCUUCACAAUGUCUCAGCAAAAAUCUUCUUGCAGCCAUGGAAGGUUAUAUUGGAGUGGAUUUUGAGCCACUCAGCUCAAAAACGAAUAAGACUAUAUCAGGAAGGACUCCCCAGCAGUAUGAAAAGGAAUACAACGCCAGACGUGGUGAUGGGCAAUCCAGCAAAUUUCAUGGUUAUGCCUAUGAUGGAAUAUGGGUGAUAGCCAGGACCCUACAGCGGGCAAUGAAUUACCUGAAUUCCACCAACAAGCACCAAAAAAUUGAAGAUUUUAACUACUCAAAUCAAAAACUUGGCAACAUUUUUCUGAAUGCUAUGAAUGAAACCAGGUUCUUUGGAGUAACGUUGGAAGUUAGUGGUGCAUAUGUGUCUGCAGACCUCAUCAAGAGAAAUGAACAGACUCCAGGGAAAAUGGUCUUUGGAGUUUCCAAGAGCUGCAACAAGGAGCUUACUGGCACGUGCUUCGUUGAGCAAUGUGCUUGGUCUGCAGUACGGCUAGAUAAGGAAAACAGUGUUUGA